CCGCGUCCGAUCGUCGUCGUUGGUCGUCGGUUACCGCGUGCCGUUACCGGUCGAGGAUGCUGAAAAGUCUCUCGUUCGAGGAACAUCGUUGCGACUCGAAUACGCUCGCUUCCGUCGAACGUACGAGGGACGAUCCGACGAAUUCAGCUCGAAGCUCGAUUAAAGCGAACGACGAACGCGAACGACGAACGUGAUGGGACGAAAUGAUUCCGCAUCGAGGUCACGGGGGACCCGUUGAUAGGUUGACUCGAUAGGCUGAAAUGUCGAGUUACCGAUAAACGAGUAGCAUAAAUACGCACCGCACGCGAAACGAAACGAAACGAAACGAAACGAAACGAAACGAAACGAUACGGAACGCGAGCUCCGCCAUCCUCCCCCGCGACUACUUACGAACGAAUCGCAUCGUCGAGAACCGUCAGAGUCGGGUCGACGACGAAGCGGUCGAGAGCGUCGCGCGUCGAUUCCCCGGCGAUUAUAGCUGUUUCGAUUCGAAUGUUGGUCGAUCGCGAAACCAUCGGCAAGGAAAUGCCCUCGUCUUACGCGAAUAUCGUGUUUCGCUCACGCGGCCGCGACGACACAGAUUGGCUGUCGUGCAGAAAAGUGCUGAACAUCAUGGUGAUUUCGGGAUUCAUGUUGAAUUACAUGUUACGGGUGAAUUUGACGAUAGCCAUCGUAUCGAUGGUGAUGCCGGACAACCAUACGUCCGACGGUAUCGAAUCGAACGCGACCGGUAACUGCGUCGACGGCGGAACCGCGAUCGAGCUCGAUUCGUUCCCUGUCGCCGGGAAUACGUCGAACGCGGACGACUCGUCCCCGUUCGCGCCUUCACCGAGAAACGAGGAAAUACAACAGACGCGAUAUCCCUGGAACGAGUACGAGGUGAACCUCGUUUUAGGAAGUUUCUUUUGGGGUUACAUCUGCACGGAGCUACCGGGCGGCAGACUCGCGGAAAUUUUGGGCCCCAGGAGAGUGUUCGGGUACAGUAUGCUGGCCUCCAGCGCCUUAACGCUGUUGACUCCGGUGUCCGCGACUGGCGGUUAUAUCGCGGUUGCCGUUCUGAGAACGAUUCUCGGCUUCCUGUUGGGUGUCACUUGGCCCGCCAUACAACCGAUGAGCGCUCGAUGGAUCCCACCGACGGAUCGCAGCAAGUUCGUCUCGAACAUGAUGGCCUCGGCGCUCGGCGCGGCGAUAACCAUGCCGAUCUGCGGCUUUCUGAUCGCUUCGCUCGGAUGGGAGUCCGUCUUUUACGUGACCGGCGCGAUCGGGCUCGUCUGGAGCGUCGCCUGGUUUCGGUUGGUAUUCGACUCUCCCGCUCAACAUCCGAGAAUCUCCGCGGAAGAACGUCGGUACAUCGAGGAUGCGAUCGGUACUACCGCCGUAACAAGGGGUCUGCCCGUGCCUUGGAAGUCCAUUUGCCUCUCCGCCCCCGCCUGGGCUAUCGUAAUCACACACGGGUGUAGCGUGUUUGGAUAUUUCACCGUGGUUAACCAGUUACCGACCUACAUGAAGUACAUUCUCAAUUUUAACAUUAAACAGAACGGAUUGCUCUCUUCGUUACCGUAUCUGGGUAAAUACAUAUUCGCCGUGACCACGUCUACGGUAGCCGAUUACUUGCUCGCAAGAAGAAAGCUGUCGGUAACGGCGAUUCGUAAACUGUUCACCAGUUUCGCGUUGCUGAGUCCGAGUCUGUUGAUGAUCGUGCUGGCUUAUCGCGGCUGCGAUCGGGUCGCGUCCGUGACGAUCUUCACCAUGGCGUUGACGAUAAACGGUGCCGUGACAGCCGGUUAUCUGGGCAACGGAUUGGACAUCGCACCCAAUUUUUCCGGAACUAUUUUCGGCAUCGCGAACACCCUCAGUUCUCUGGGUGGAUUUCUGAGCAGCUACAUGGUCGGCACGAUAACGUACAAGAAUCAAACUUACGCGCAAUGGAGCAUCAUCUUUUGGAUCUUGGCGUCGACCUACUGUUUCGGGGCUCUCGUGUUUGCGAUCUUCGGGACUGGCGAGUUACAGAAGUGGAACAACCCCACCGAGGCGGCAGCGGACAGGAGAAAUGUCGAAACUCCUCUCGAUCUAGCAGAAUCUCUGCCUCUGAAAACCACAUCGAUUCCUUAGAGAAACUCCAAACGAGACGUUGGAGGCUUUUUGAACAUUAAACGCCCGUAA